AAACGUUGCACAAAUAAAGUGGGAAUAAUAAAUCCGGGCACCGUCCAACGAAUUUUCUUACCGACGGUACGCGGGCCGCGGCUGAAAGAUUUCCACCCCGGCGGCGGGGAGGGGGCCGGUGUCGAGGUGGCGGGGCCUUCGCUCCCUGCCCCUGCAGGCCACCGGGCCAAUGGCGGCGCGGCGCGGCCUGCCCCGACCCGGCUCAGUCGCGACUCAACCGCGACCCUUGACACACAAGCGCGUCGCGCGGUCUCUCGCCCUGUGACGGCAACCGGCAUCAUCACGCACGGAGCGCUAGUUUACGGCGGGGUCGGAGGCCCGGGGCUUUGCCCUCCGAGAGCCCCUGACCUCCCGCCUCUGGAGCUCGGCUUCCGCAGCAGUUGGCGGGAAGACGAGCUGCUGCCGUCGACGCCCGCGAGCCAGGCCGCGUCCACGCAGAGCGGCUCCUCAGCCACGGACAAGGGCCAGAACGUGGAGUGCGUCGUCUGCGGCGACAAGUCCUCGGGGAAGCACUACGGCCAGUUCACCUGCGAGGGUUGCAAAUCCUUUUUCAAGAGGUCGGUGAGGAGGAAUCUAACGUAUUCCUGCAGAGGGAAUAGGAACUGUCCCAUCGACCAACACCAUAGAAACCAAUGCCAGUACUGCAGGCUCAGAAAAUGUCUCAAAAUGGGCAUGAGGAGAGAAGCGGUCCAGCGCGGGCGCGUGCCACCGUCGCAGCCGGCGGGGCUAGCCCUGCCGGGGCAGUACGCGCUGGCCAACGGCGACCCCUCGGCCGGCCUCAACAGCCACCCCUACCUCUCGUCGUACAUCUCGCUGCUGCUGCGCGCCGAGCCCUACCCCACCUCGCGGUACGGCCAGUGCGUGCAGCCCGCCAACGUCAUGGGCAUCGACAACAUCUGCGAGCUGGCCGCGCGCUUGCUCUUCUCCGCCGUGGAGUGGGCGCGAAACAUCCCCUUCUUCCCCGAGCUGCAGGUGACCGACCAGGUCGCGCUGCUCCGACUCGUCUGGUCCGAACUGUUCGUGCUGAACGCGUCGCAGUGCUCGAUGCCGCUGCACGUGGCGCCGCUGCUGGCGGCCGCCGGCCUGCACGCCUCGCCCAUGGCGGCCGACCGAGUCGUGGCCUUCAUGGACCACAUCCGGAUCUUCCAAGAGCAAGUGGAGAAGCUGAAAGCUCUCCACGUCGACUCGGCGGAGUACUCCUGUCUGAAGGCCAUCGUCCUCUUCACGACAGAUGCGUGCGGUCUAUCAGACGUACCCCACAUAGAGAGCCUGCAGGAGAAGUCACAAUGUGCGCUGGAGGAGUACUGCCGGAGUCAGUACCCCAACCAGCCGACCAGGUUCGGCAAGCUGCUGCUGCGGCUGCCUUCACUACGGACAGUCAGCUCACAGGUCAUAGAACAGCUGUUCUUCGUCCGGCUGGUCGGCAAGACCCCCAUCGAGACCCUGAUCCGGGACAUGCUGCUCUCCGGGAGCUCGUUCUCGUGGCCGUACAUGGCGACCAUGUGACAUACGAUGUGGAGGCAGCUGGCAGCGGCCUGAUCCACGCCCUACGGCUUCCCGCCGUACCUGCCGAGCCAGCGGUUCGA